CGCUGUACUGCUGCACUGACGCAACGCUCUCCUUUCAUCUGGCAAGAGGUCACGGGGGAAGGUGCUGGUGUUGAAGUGCCCUUACGAUACCCCUUACCGGCGUGUAAAGCGACAGGGUGACCGGAGCGCUGUGAACAUGGCUGGGGAGACUUUCAGAGCGCUGCGUCUGUGUCGGCACCACUUUGCCCUGCUGCGCAGAUGUCCAUGUUCGGAGUCUACAGUUCUGCUGCGCAGACCCUUCAGUUCAGACAGAGGAGGGAGGAGCAGAGGUGUGCUGAAGAAGGUGCUGCUGGGAGUCUCUGUGGGUGUGCCCGUAGUGUUCGGAGUCCAGUACGCCAUAUCUGAACCUCGCGAGAGGCGGAAGAUGAAGAUCUUGGUGGAGGGUGUGGGCCGCUUCUGCAGGUCUCUAUACAUUGGCAUGUUGAUUUCAGCGGAUUAUUGGUGGACUACUAAUAUAACGCUGCGUGGUUUAGAUGAGAGCAGCCCGGCCUGUUUGGAGGGGAUGUCAUUGUGCCACCAGCGGGCGGCGGACAGCAUGGUGGACGGGGCGGUGCAGAACGGGGGCCUGUACAUUAAGCUGGGCCAGGGCCUGUGCGCCUUCAACCACCUGCUGCCCCCCGAGUACAUCCGCACGCUGCAGGUCCUGGAGGACAAGGCCCUCAACCGGAGGUACAAGGAGGUAGACGCGCUGUUCCAGGAGGAUUUCAACACCACUCCAGACAAGAUGUUCAAGACGUUUGACUACGAGCCAGUGGCAGCGGCGAGCCUCGCCCAAGUGCACAGGGCAGAGCUGCAUGAUGGGACUCCAGUAGCUGUGAAGGUGCAGUACAUAGACCUCAGAGACAGGUUCGAUGGUGAUAUCCGGACACUGGAGAUCCUCUUAGAUAUCGUGAAGUUCAUGCAUCCAAGCUUCGGAUUCCGAUGGGUCUUGAAGGACCUGAAAGGAACCCUGGCUCAGGAGCUGGACUUCGAGAACGAGGCCAGGAACUCUGAACGCUGCGCUCACGACCUCAGGCACUUCAAAUUCAUUGUGGUUCCAAAGGUGUUCUGGGAACAGACCAGCAAGAGGGUACUAACAGCAGAGUUCUGUGAAGGCUGCAAAAUAAACAACAUAGAAGAGAUCAAGCGGCAAGGGCUCAGUUUUAAAGAUACAGCCGACAAGCUGAUCCGCACGUUCGCAGAGCAGAUAUUUUACACGGGCUUUAUCCACGCCGACCCUCACCCAGGCAAUGUAUUGGUAAGAAGAGGUCCAGAUAAGAAAGCUGAGCUGGUUCUGCUGGAUCAUGGGCUGUAUGAACACCUCAGCAAAAGUGACAGAGUGGCUCUGUGUAAACUGUGGCGCUCCAUCAUUCUGCGAGACGAAGCCGCCAUGAAAAAGUACUCCAAUGACCUGGGGGUCAAAGACUACUUCCUGUUCUGCGAGAUGCUGCUGCAGCGGCCCAUCAACAUGCGGGAGCUGGGCCUGGCCAACAUCCUGAGCCGGGAGGAGACGUCCUACAUGCGCGACAUGGCGGUGCACCACUUCGAGAGCGUCAUGCAGGUGCUGAAGUCCCUGCCCCGGCCCAUGCUGCUGGUCUUCCGCAACAUCAACACGGUGCGCAGCAUCAACAUCACGCUGGGGGCGCCCGUCGACCGCUACUUCGUCAUGGCCAAGAGUGCUGUGGGAGGCUGGGGGCGGAUCCAGGCCGAGGAGUCCCGCGUACUGCCCAGCCUUACGGUGUUUCACUGGCUGUGGACCGCGUGGGAGAACAUCAAGUUCGAGUGUGCUUUAAGGACAGAGAUGGUGAUGAUGAGCCUGACGAGGUCCCUGCUUUACCUGCUCUCCAACUUCGGCCUCAUAUCCCUGAGCGAAGAGGUGCACCAGUACCUGCAGUGAACGAGCCUCAGCUUUUUUUUUCCCUUUACCUCAUCAAACCACACGGUGCAGGCACCUGCCUGCCUCUGGAAGGCAAAGACGUCUGUUACAGGAACAUGACCAAUUUACCGGCACAGAAAAUGCCUUCAAUGACAGGAGUGUUGCGUAGUAGUAGUUUUUUCCCUGAGCUGCCUAAAGUAAAUGGACUACUCUGGGUAAUAGCCAGCCAGGGUUUUAUCAUUAGCAUUGACUCCCUACUGGCAAAGGAACUGGACUUGUGUAUUCUUUAAUGAACCUCUGAACUGUUUGUAUCAAGGAUGCGGAAGAGUACUGCCAAUAACAGCAUAGGAUUCCAGUUAAAGGAAAAUGUGUUUUCCCAGAGAUGGACUCUGCGCAGCUACUCCUUUCCAAUGCUAUUCAUAAGUGUAAAACCUGAACAAACACCACAGACUUUUCUUUAAGAGUGAAAGACAAACUGAUCAUGUACCUUUUGAAGGGUUCAUUUUAACUAUCUGGUCUUUGAAACCUCUACUUUCAAGAAAUGCUGACAAUCAGGGCUGAAUUGACUGCAGUACACUAUAAGAGCAUGCAGUUGGUGUUUAUAUUAAUUUUCUUUUAAUGAAUUGUUUGUCUAUAAGGUUUUCUUUUAAUUUGAAGGACCUUCAAAGGACAGCUCACUGUCUGGUUCAGCUAUUCAGCUUCAAGCAGCUAGAAGAUGGCAAAUGGUGUUCUGGACAACUGUUAGCAGACUUCUCACAAGCCAGUACUUCAUAUACCACAUGUAACGGCACAUUUUAAUCCAAAGCUAUGUUUCUCUGGAUAAGCCAAUGCAGCUGCUAGAACUACUGAACUUGUGUUUGAGGUCCUAGGACUAAUUGUUGAAUUAUUUAAUGUGAAUAUAGUUGUAUUGAAGCCAAUUUUUAUAAGAAUUUUAUAGAUCUGUUUUCAGCACCAUGUCUGUAUUUUGAGUUGUUUUUCUUUUUUCAAAACAAAUUAGGUCAAUUAGGUGUAUCACUCCAGCUAUCUACUGCACAUUACAUGCAAGAUAGCACACAUACUCCAUGUGCAACAGAUAUUAAAGGAUAACUUGCAAAACCGCUUUUGUAAAGUGCUUCUUCCUUUUACACUAAAUAUCUAGUCAAAAACAAAUGUAAUCUCUAGAUCUCUCCUCUG